UAUGAAUGAACUAAAUUUCUUAACAUUUUUUUUGAAAUGUAUAUAUUUUUUUUUCAAGCACGUUUAAUAUAAAUUUAUAUAUUAUACAUAUAGGUAUUCACAGAGAUUUGUGAAAUAUCUGUACUACAACUAGACAGCUAACAUUUUAAGAUCUAAGAAAAUGACAAGUUACCGAUUUAGUUGUAAUAUAGAUGUCUGUGCAUGUAUGUUUCUAGAAAGUACUUAUACGAUUGUUUCAAAAGAACGAAAAGAUUAAACCAAAAAUUUUAAAAUUAAUAGGUGUAUAUAAUAAACUGAUGGAAAAUUAACAUUAGUAGUACAUAUCCGAUUUUUUAAAGUGUUGUUAACUCGCACAAAACAUGGAAUAACCCGUUAAUUUUUUAUUUAUAUUACUAAUUUUACAUUUAUUUCAUAUUUUUGUUACUAAAUGUUGCUUCUAUAUAAAAUGUAAAAUAUUAAUGAGCUACGAUUUAGGCGAUUGACAUGCAGUCAGCAACUCUCCUCUAAAUGAAUUCACAGAUCCAGCGUCUAUAACUGUGUUACAGAUUUUGACGUCAGCUCCGACGAGCAAUGUAUUAAGCUUUUACCAUAGUAUAGACGUUUAAUAAGUUAGAAUAGGUUUACAUAACUUGCAUUUGCAUGGACGUUAACAUACAUAAUCGCAUAUAUGUAUUUGUUUUCAAUAUAAGCAAUAUGAAAUGUAAUAUGAAUAAAUGUAACAUGGAAACAUUUUUAUCCACAUACCUCUUUAUUCAUACUGAGUGUUCUAUUUUAAUAAAGUAAUGGAAUUUGAAAAAAAAGUAUUUUAGAAAAAAAAUAUUUCAAAUGAAAAUUGUAUGGUUUGAAAAGGGAUAAAUAAUCAUAAAAUUAAUUAAAAAGAAAUUGGUUUUUUAGUCAAAGCUUUGUUACACAGGGUACGAUAGAUCCAAUGCAAUGCUGUAAUUGUUUUUAUAAUAUAAUUUGCAGACUUUGAUUAAAUUUCAAAAUAAACUUUAACUAUUUAUAGACAUUUUAAGUUUGCAGAGCUAAUUUUUUGCACUAUUCUUAACGUAAGAAUAUAUGAAAGUUUAGAAGAGUGGUAUCCUCAUGUAAUUUGAUACUAGACGAGACAGCCAUCCUAUGAUGUCUCUAAAGAAACUGAAACUUUGUCCCUUCCUAAAGAAUAAAAAUUGUUACUGCGUUUGCGCAAGAAAAUUAUUCAAAUUACGGACGUUAAGAAACAUUUUGUUGAAUUACGAGUUGAAAUAAUUCAGACAAAUUUGUUUUUGUCUAUCUCUGAAAUAUAUUACUUCAACGUAAAAUAGUGCGGCUAUUUUCUUAUGACUGCUAUUAUAUCGAUCGUUAGAAAUAAACACUAUUCAAAUAAUGUGACAAUUUGUAUUAGACGCAGUUGUAUCGCAGUUUUUGUUUGAAAUGUAUUCGAUCAUGGAACGAUAUUACAAAAUUAUUCCAACAGUUCUUAGGAGUCUUGGGUUAUGGCUCUAUCAGCAAUCAUAUUUCACACAAAUACAUCAAAUUUUGUUUGCUAGUAUUCUUUUGACAUUUAUUCUUGUUCAGGUAUGCCAAAAAAAGUCUAAAUCUUUUUACAUUACGACAAAAUGACAACAUUUCUUAAACCCACGCAUUAAUAGAUGUCUUCAUUCUAUUUCCCUUUUUUAUUUAGCAUUUAAUAUAUAACUUUUAUAAUAGUACUUUUGUAAUAAAUUAUUUCUUAUUAUUUCAUGAAUAAGUAAAUUCUUCAAAUAAUCAAUUUUUGUGUUUUAUGAUGUAUAAAAAUUAGUUUAUUGUAUUCAUUAUUUAUUAAAAAAUAAUUUGCAAUAAAUAUGUAUUUUCAUUAUUCAUUUUAGUUGCUGGUAUUUAUUACACGACAAUAUAAUAUGGAGUUUUUUUUCAUGGUUCUGACUUUCGUCUGUCCUAAUCUUUUUGCUACAAUAAAGUAUUUUACUUUUAUCACAAAAGCAAAUAGUUUGAAGCAACUAUUGGAGCAAAUCCAAAAUGAUUGUAAUUUGUUAAAAGAUAAAUUAGAAAUUGAUAUUGUAGAAAAAUAUAAUAGAAACGCGGGACUUUUUAUACUAAGUUUGCUAGGGUUUUCUUAUAUUCUUUUAUUAACUUUUUCAACAUUACAAUAUUUGCCAUUUAUUCUCCACAAAAUGUUACCGUUCAAUAAAUCACGAUCUAUUCAGCUUGUUACUUCUACGGAAUACCUUAUCAUUCCCGAUAAAUAUAUUUACGUUAGGAUAUUACAUGAAUUUUUAACCUUCUAUGUUGGCCUUACUACAAUAAGUGCCACUGGUUUGACAAUUAUAAUAUAUUGUGUACAUAUGUGUGUACUACUUGAAAUUGCAAGUUACCGAAUAAAAAAUAUUGUUCAGAUGAAUACGUUAGUAAUCCCUAGUCCGAGAAGAGAACAGAUUGUUCACCAGAAGAUUGUAAAUGCGAUUAUUAUACAUCAACGAGCUAUUGAGUAUCAUGAACUUUUCAUGUCUGUUUUUCUCAUACCAUUUGGUAUUCUGUGCAUAAUUGGAGUGGGUUGUGUAGUUUCGGCUCUUUUUCUAUUCUCUCAACAAGUCGCAUCAAAUAAUAUGGGUAAGGCGAUUGUAACCUUUGGUUUUUUACAAAUAUGUUUAAUUUAUAUGUUGGUCGGUUCUUAUUUGGGACAAAGAAUCAUCGAUAAUGGAAUGAAUUUGUUCAAAGAUACUUAUAAUGGAUUAUGGUACGCAGCACCGUUAUCUACGCAAAAAUUGUUAUUAUUUGUAAUGCAAAGAGCAAGAAUGUAUUUUUCGUUAACGUUUUACGGUGUAAUUGCUGCAUCUUUUGAUGGAUUAGCUACGCUCUUGAAACUGGCAGUAUCGUACUUCAUGGUACUUAAUUCAGUGCAAAAGUAGUGAGUCACUCUGUGAAAUUAAUUUCCAAUUAAUUGGAUUCUUUAUCAAUUUAAUAUGUUGUAUAAAAAACUAUAUUAUAACAAUGCUAAUUAGAGUGACAUGUAAUAAGUAAUGUGCAGUUCUAAUCAUCAUUUUCAAUAUUUAUUGAACAUAAAAUUGAUGAAAAUAGAAUCACAUUUAUAGUUGUAUAACGUAUACAUAAAAAUUUGUUGAAUGUGUGGUACUACUUGAGUCGGAAGUAGAAGGGGCUCCACUUUUUCCUGCUAAUGUGUAUUUUUUCUAAAUAUUAUUUUUGUUAUAGACAUAAAAUAUACAUAUAUAUCUAUAUGCAUAUAUAAUUUAUACAAAUAAAUGUAAAGAUGUCUUUUUUCCUUUUCUAUACUAAAUUUAAAACGUAUCAAAAUAUUGAAACUAAAGCUAUGUUUAUUGAACACCUUAUAUUAUACGCUGUAUUAACAGACAAGAGUUUGUACCAUAAAAUGAGACAUUUUUUUGUAUCAAAAUUAAUAUUAAAUUAUGAAUCCAAACCAA